GCUAUAUCUGUUUCCAAGGGGAAAAGUGAUUUUCGUCGAGUUGCUAUUUAACAUGAGGUGAUCUGCCAUCACCUGGCUGGGCUGUCACGAGUAGCUUACCUAGUAGUGGAGCCUGAUCCUAUAACCCCCAAUACUCGACAAUAUAAGAAAAUUUGUACAUCUUUUUUUAAAGAUCUUUUGUUGUAACUGCCGACCCCAAUAAUUCUCAAGUGGUGGCCUUUUCCCAGAAUCGAAGCGGAUCCGGCAUGGCAUCGAUUAGCUCUGUCACCAGUCGAAAGAGCGGCUCCUCAGCCGCUGGUACUAGUAGUAGCCCGACCAAAAACUCCGAUCGAAGCUCUAGUUCGAAGACUUAUAUGUUCAGUCCAGGUAGAGGCCUCGAAGAUUUCAGCCCGGUGUUCAAUCUCAUGCGCUGUCUGAAGGCGGCGUGGCCGUCUCGGGAGGCCAAGAGGACCAGUCGGGAGAACAAGAAGAAACGCUCUAAGCACUCCUCAGCUCGAGCCCUCGAACUCCAGCUUCAACUCCACCAGGAGCGUAUCUGUUGCGAGUGGAACACUAUGAAUGUUCAAGCUGGCUGGCGGAUGAAUCGAGCCAUCGACCCUUACCGACCCUUCGAUCAAGCACUCCCCGAUCAAGUCCAGUCGAUCCAGAAUCAGAACAUAAAUUCUCCACUCGUCUCUCCGCUCAACUCGAUCUAUCCGUCACCCACCCUGCAAGCCGCGAAGUAACAAGCCUUAUUGCGGCGCGUAUUCUUCUUGAUGAUAGGAAAGAACUAACUUUAUCUUCCAAAAUGCACGAAUUUUUCUGUCCUGGUGAAACUAAAAUCGUGCACAGUGCACACCCACCCCUCACUCCUUUCCAAUCGAUCAGAUUAGUCAUUUACUCUCGACAUCAAGCGCUAUAUCAUUAUAAUCCAAUUGCUCCUUGAAGAGUCUCUUCUGAUCGUCUAUGUAUGUAGUAUAUUAUGUCCCGACCAGCUGUGCCGUCUCUGUACCUCUGUCCCCAUUGAUCAGCUGUAACAGUGAUAAACAAAUAUACAUACUACCCAUGUUCUCGCUUUGAGCUUCUGAAGGCAGCCAAUGGCGCAUAUCU